CCUCUCUUCGUAACUUUCCCCCAUUCUUAUCUCUCUACCGCAACAAAACAACCCAGUCCAAACAAAUGAGACUUGUUUCUACUUCUUCUAUUCUUGUCUACUCGCUUUUCUUUGGCUCAUUCUUCCCAGGAUUAUUAGCCGAGACUAGCUUUGGCAAUAUCACCACAAGGAGUAUCGGCGCUCCUAAUUCUUUGGACUAUGCGGUUUAUUUCGAGAGAGACGGUAAAGUUGUAUCCGCAUUUCACGAUAUUCCAUUAUUCGCAAAUGAAGAAAAAACAUUGUACAACAUGAUUGUCGAAAUCCCUCGCUGGUCCAAUGCAAAAAACGAGAUCACCAAGGAAACCCCUCUUAAUCCAAUCAGACAAGACGUUGCUAAUGGCAAACCAAGAUUUGUACCAAAUAUAUUUCCUUUUAAGGGAUACAUAUGGAACUAUGGUGCUUUUCCACAAACAUGGGAGGAUCCUACCUAUAAUUCCCCUUAUACCGGACAAAAAGGUGACAAUGACCCAAUUGACGUGAUCGAAAUUGGUGACAGCGUUGCUACAGUUGGCCAAAUUAAGCAGGUCAAAGUCCUCGGUAUCAUUGGUUUAUUAGACCAGGGAGAGACGGAUUGGAAAGUCGUUGUUCUUGACGCUACCGACCCAUUAGCAGAAAAAAUAAAUGAUAUCCAAGAUGUCGAAACCUAUAAACCUGGUUACCUCAAAUCUACAGAUACCUUUCUCAGAGUGUACAAACUUCCUAGUGGCAAAAAGGAAAAUGAAAUUGCAUUCAAUGGAGAAGCUAAAAAUAAGGAUUUUGCUACUAGUAUAAUUUUGGAAACACAUGAACAUUGGAGACAACUAAUUAAUGGUACCACACCAAGACAGAAUAUAGAAACGAUCAAUUUGACCGUAGAGGAGUCUCCCUAUAAAGUAGACUACAGUAAUGAUACAGUAUCCAAAGUAAAACAGAGUAAUCCUCUUCCAUCAGCACCUAUUGAUGGCUCCAAUGAUAUCUGGUAUUACGUAUCCUUGUCUAAAUAAAAAAUUUACAAACUA